GUCAGCAGUUGAGCGUAUACCCGGUCCUGCAACAUGUCAUACAUCGCCAAGACGUUCUAUGACCUGCGCGCCACCACCUUGGAAGGGGACUCGGUGGACUUCAACGUCUACCGAGGGAGGGUGGUGCUCAUCGAGAACGUAGCCUCGCUCUGAGGGACCACCACCCGGGACUUCACCGAGCUCAACCAGCUGCAGAGCAGGUACCCUCAUCGGCUAGUGGUCCUCGGGUUCCCCUGCAACCAGUUUGGUUACCAGGAGAACUGUUCCAAUAAUGAGAUCAUGAACUCGCUGAAACACGUGCGACCAGGAAAUGGCUUCGAGCCCGUCUUCACCAUAUUUGAGAAGUGUGAUGUGAACGGGACGAACACACACCCAGUCUUCGCCUAUUUAAAGGACAAGCUGCCGUACCCCGACGACGACCGGAUCUCUCUCGUCCAGGACCCCAGGUUCCUGGUGUGGAGUCCGAUCAGCCGGAGCGAUAUCUCCUGGAACUUUGAGAAGUUUCUGAUCGGGCCGGAGGGAGAACCGUUCAAAAGAUACAGCAAAAAAUUCCCGACCAUCGACAUCGAGCCUGACAUACAGAGGCUGCUAAGACUGACCAAGAACUAG